UGAAGGUUCCAGGAGGGUCACAGAGCCAGGGCUGGUUUUCAGUCUGUCUGAUCAAGGUGCCAACACGUGUCCUAUCAAUGGCAAUUUCCUUGAUCCUGUGAAACCUGUCAAGCUGGACGCCACAGCUAUCAGUGAAAAGACCUCGGCUGACACUCUGUCUGCCUCAGAGACACUUGAUUGCCCAUUUCUAGCCUGCACAACAGGCUCCGAUGAGGUGCAGUACGUGAGUGAGGCAGUUUGCCCAGAAGAUGCUUCCAGCAGUGAUGCACAUAGGGAUGCCUGCACCAUUACUGAUGUGUGCAACAGUACUGACCUUCCAGAAGUUGAAAUCAUCAGUCUACUGGAAGAGCAACUGCCUCAUUACAAGCUAAGAGCCGAUACAAUUUAUGGUUAUGACCACGACGACUGGCUUCACACCCCUCUUAUUUCUCCAGAUGUUAAUCUCGAUCUCACCCAUGAACAAAUAGAAGAGACACUAAAAUACAUGCUUCUAUGUGCUGAAAGAGUGGGCCAGAUGACUAAAACGUACAAUGAUAUAGAUGCUGUCACUCGUCUGCUAGAAGAGAAAGAGCGUGAUUUAGAGUUAGCUGCACGGAUUGGUCAGUCUUUGCUAAAGAAGAACAGGACGCUAACUGAAAGGAAUGAACACCUUGAGGAGCAAGUGGAACAUGCGAGGGAGGAGGUUUCUCAACUCCGUCAUGAGCUGUCUAUGAAAGAUGAGUUACUACAAUUCUACACCAAUGCGGCAGAAGAAAGUGAGAGUGACUCCACUUCCUCCACACCGUUGAGACGGAUUGAGUCUACCUCAUCUGUACAGAAUUAUUUUCAUUUGGACUCUCUUCAAAGGAAGCUGAAGGAUCUGGAAGAAGAAAAUGUUGUUUUAAGAACAGAGACUUGUCAUCUGCAGACUGAGACCAUUUCAUACGAAGAGAAGGAGCAGCAACUUGUCAAUGACUGUGUGAAGGAGCUAAGGGAUGCAAAUCUACAACUCGUCAAUCUCGCAGAGGAACUGGCAAAGAAGACUGAAGACUCAGCGCGACAACAAGAGGAAAUUACUCAUCUUCUAUCACAAAUAGUCGACUUGCAGAAAAAGUCAAAAGCUUAUGCGGUAGAAAAUGAGGAACUCACUCAACAUCUGAGUGCAGCUAAAGAUGCCCAACGGCAGCUCACAGCUGAGUUGCGAGAGCUGGAGGACAAAUAUGCAGAGUGUAUGGAGAUGCUGCACGAAGCACAGGAGGAAAUCAAGAACCUGCGUAACAAAACAAUGCCAAACAGCACACCACGACGCUAUCAUUCACUGGGCCUGUUCCCUUUGGAUUCUUUAGCUGCUGAAAUUGAAGGGUCGAUGCGUAAAGAACUGCAGAUGGACACCUCACCUGCCCUGGAACAAAAACAUCAGCAGAAACGGGUGUUUGAAACUGUACGCACAGUGAAUCAAGCUGUGAGACAAAGAUCGCAGGCACCGUCACCAAUGAACAUCCCAGGGUCUAACCAGUCCUCAGCAAUGAACUCUGGCUUCUCAAGCUGUAUCAGCACUCCUCGGUCUAGUUUCCACGGUGGCGACAUCACCAAUAUAGUCAUAGACAACAAGACGAACAGCAUCCUUUUGGAAACAGAAUCAAAUGAAAUAGGAAUUGAGGACAGUGAUAAGAAGCUAGGGCAGCCAGGGACUCCCGGAUCCAGGGAUUUACAGGCAGCUCUCCGUCGCCUGUCUCUAAGGAGAGAGAACUAUCUCUGUGAAAGGAGAUUUUUCGAAGAUGAGCGGGAGAGGAAGUUGCAAGAGCUGGCAGAAAAGGGGGAAAUCUCGAGUGGCUCUGCAACACCGACCGAAAGCAUCAUGUCACUGGGAACCAACCUUUCUGGGAUAUCUGAUUUCACGAGGUUUUCAGGAAUGUCUUUCAGCAGCCGAUCAUACCUGCCAGAGAAACUGCAGAUUGUGAAGCCCUUGGAAGGUUCAGCAACUUUGCACCACUGGCAACAACUGGCCCAGCCAAACCUUGGAGGAAUCCUUGACCCACGGCCUGGUGUUGUCACCAAGGGCUUCAGGCCUCUUGAGCUGGACACUGAGCAGGUGUACCACUUAACGGAUUAUGAAGAAGAUGAACCCGGCGACCCUUCUUUCCGGGGCCUAGCUACCUCAACCCCGGUUCAGCACAGGGAGACCUCAGGUGAGAGGUCGAAUGAACAAGUGCCUGUAUCACACAGCAAGACUUUAGUGAUGCAGUGUCAGCCAAACAAAGUGGAGACACAGGAGACAGCGGAUGGUGAUGAGGCUUCUGUCUACUAUCCUGGUAAAUGUAUGUCACACACCAGCUCCACCUUUACCUUCACAACCUGCCGCAUUCUUCAUCCCUCUGAUGAACUCGCACAAGUCACUUCAAGUGUUCACUCUGCGCCUGCUCCAGUUUGUGGGAUCUUGAAUAAUAUAAAAUCAACUCCAGUUGGUACUCCGUGUACACCUCGGCGCUUGAGCUUGGCUGAAUCCUUCACUAACCUCCGUGAAGGUACUACCACAAUGAGCAUCUCUCUGGGCCUGGUUAAGUUACUGAAGGAGCGAGGGAUUUCAGCAGCUGUGUACAAUCCAUACAGCUGGGACAGGAUGGGCCUCAACAACACUGCAAACUUCCAUAUUCCCAAACCAACCUUUGUACCAUCUACCCCACCCAACUCACCAUUGUAUUCCCUGUGCCCAUCUCCAUCUCCAUUUGAAUGCAAGGGCACUUGCAGUCACUAUGACAAUUUCCUGGCCUCUAAGCCAGCCAGUUCCAUGUUAAAGGAAAUGAGAGGGGACAAACCAAUGAGGCACAGUGAAAGCCAGACAGAUGUGAGUAUCUCCAAAAUCAACCUGGUUGACAAAGUGAAGAGGCUUGGCAUUGCCAAAGUAGUCCAGCCAAGUGUUACACCCGUGCAGGAGUCUUCAGUGAUGGACAACAAAGGACCCUUUCUUAACAGGGCCCCAGGGUCAGUGAACGCCUUUGCCCAGGGCAGUCUGAUGGGUGAGAGCCUCGCAUUAGGCUGCACCCAAGUGGUCACUGGUGCUAUUGGAGGGAUUCAGCUGAACACCGGCAUCCGACGGAAUCGCAGUUUCCCCACUAUGGUGGGUGCCAGCAUGCAAAUGAAAGGACCUGCUCCAAUGAGUUCAGGAAUCCUUAUGGGAGCCAAAAUACCCAAACAGACUAAUCUACAAUAAGAGUUAAGCACAGUGUUGGUUGACUACCAAUGAACUGACUUUGUGUUUGAUACAUUGACUUAGUGCCUGAUAGGAAUAAAACAAACUUUGUAAAAUUAUGUAUAUAGAUUUACAGUCUGAAAUUCAUUGGACGCAACUAAUUUAAUUUAAGGACUUAGCUAUACAUAUGUAUAUAUAUAUAUAUUAAGGAUGUACUCUUCUGUGAUUUAAAACAUGCACUCACAUUGAAGUGGAUGUUCUAAGAUUAACUUUUUAAUGAAUGCAGGUAGAUUGAAUUUUGCACUGUUUAAUGAUGAUUUGACUACACAGUACAAUCAGAGACUUGGAGCUGCUUUGUACUUAGUAUGCAGUCCAUUUCAGUGUCAUCACUGUGUACCUGUUAUGGACAUGCAGAGGACAUUGUUUUAACUAAUGCACUGUAUUUUAAAGAAAAAUAAUUUGUUUCAUUGUAUGAA